ACCGGAUUUAUAUUUUAUGGGAAGGUUUUGGUGCGACUGAUCGAUGGCACCUCGGCUCUUGUUGUUAACAAACCAAUUACCUCUAGUCUUGUUCUCAAACCUUCUCUUCUCUCUCCAUCUCUUCAUUCAACCAUGGCAAUGCAGAGCCACCAUGCACAUGACCAGACCCACUACUCUUACCGGCUUGAGCGUCCAAGGCUUCGUCUACCCUCCGUUCGUGAAACCACCUGGUUCUUCCAACACUCUCUUCCUUGGAGGGGCAGGUGUGAGGGGAAUGAUCAUAAACGGCACAUUUGUGAAGUUCACCGUCACCGGCAUCUACUUGGGAAAAGAAGCCGUUCCCUUUCUCUCCGUCAAGUGGAAAGGGAAACCAGCCAACAAGUUACUAAGCUCAGUCAAGUUUUUCCAGGAUAUCGCUACUGGGCCAUUUGACAAGUUCACAAGGGUGGUUCUGAUUGUGACGCUGAGCGGCCAAGAAUUCGUUAGGAAGGUGGCGGAGAACUGCGUCAAUAUAAUGAAGGCCAAUGGAAAAUAUGGUCCAAAAGAGGAGGCUGCAGUACACAAGUUCAAGGAGGCCUUUAAGGGACGAAAUUGUCCUUCGGGAUCAUCCAUUCUCAUAACACACACCGCCUCAGGAUCUGCAACGGUGGCGUUCUCGAAUGGGAGCUUCAUACCAGUGAAGGGAGCGGCAGUGAUCAAGAACAAGGCCCUCGGGGAAGCCUACCUGUUAUCCGUAAUCGGCCGACAAGGGGUGUCGCCUGCCACGAAGCGAUCCUUGGCUCGGCGGCUAUCGAACAUGUUGAGAAGCUAAUUAGGAUGCUCCAUUGAUGCCACUGCCAUCGUAUUAUUGUUAUUAUUAUUAUUGAAAUAAAAAAUCGAAGGAUGGAAAUUGAAAAGAUUCAGAUUACUAUACCUAUGUAUUCGUAUUCCAUUUCUUUCUUCCUCUUCCUUAUCUGUGUAUUUGCGAGUAUGUUAUAAGUUUACCUUCAGAACCACUGUGAUUAGUCAUAGCUCUUUUCAAACU